UUCCCAUCUAGAAUUAAAUUGAGAGUCAAAAUUUCUUAGAAAAUUGCGUAAAGAUGAUAUUCAUAUCGGAAAUCAAUAUUUACGGGACGGAAACUGCGACAAUAGAGUAACGCAAUUAAGCUAAACGAUCAACAAUAGAGUAAACAACAGGAUCGAUAAAAAUUGACGAAUAUAGCCGCGCCGUGUCCGCAAGCGCGAGCGGCACACGGCCAUGGCCUCCCGGACGCACGUGCAGCGCGUCAGGUUGUUGUACAAGACGAUUUUGAGGUUACACCGUGGCUUACCGGCCGAGAUCCAGCCCCUGGGCGACGGCUAUGUCCGCGACGAGUUCCGCAGGCACAAGGGAUGCGUGGAGAGCGAGGCGAUCAUCUUCCUUCACGAGUGGACCAGGUACGCGGUGUCUCUCGCCGAGCAGCUCGGGCUGAAGGGCCCGCACACGGGACAGCCACUCGGUCGAUACCUGCAGCAGGAGGAUCUAGAAAAGCUGCGGGACGAGCAAGUGUGUCAGCUGUACGAGCUGAUGAUCGCGGCGACGGGAAAGCCGCCCGACGGCACGACGAAGAAAACGUAGCCGCAUGCCACGUGUCCGAAUCGAUCCCGGAGCUCUAUCCGGAGCGACUCCUGGUGCACGCGGGCUGCUCAGCAGCAUAUUGCUGUGAAGUACGAUUAAGUGAUUUCCCGCAUAAUCUAAAUCGAUCGGUGGUGCCGUUUGUUCGACGUCCGACGGUUAUGUAACGAUAAAGACCUUUGAGUGCAAGAGACAAUCAGAAGUGUAGUAGUAUUAUAUGUAUGAUGAUAAAUAUAUAAACACUAAUAAAUUUUAGGAAAUACAAAUAGUAAGUGCAGUCAAUAUGCUGGUUUGAUGCUCAAUUUCACAAAUGUAAGAGUGACAGUGGUUAAUAGAGUUUUAUGAGAACAUAUCGCUUAUUCAUUUAUAAUUUGACAAUACAAUUUUACGAAUAACCUAAAAAAGAAAAGAACAAAACAUUUUCAGUCUAAACGUUUUAAAAUUUAAAUCGUCCUGUUUGUGUCACAUACUUGUUAUCUUUUUCGAGUUCGUCAACUUUUAUUUCGCCAAUUUCGAUAAAAUAAUAGGGUCACUGCACCAGUCAAUGAACAAAGAAAAUAUUGUACUAGUCAAUGAACAUAUAAAUAAAAAUUUAAUAUAAUUACAUUUUUAAAUAAAAAAUGAUAUUUUAAUAAAAUGUUUAUAAAACUUAGAGCAUAAAAAAUACAAUUAAUUCGCAAUUUAUUUCAAAGUCUUAUUAUUUUAAUAUUUUUCUAAACAUAGUUAUUUACUGGUGAUUGUUCAGCGACCUACGCGAAAUAACAAAAAAAAAAAACAAGAAAUAAAGAGAACGUCGUAAAUUAA